UUCUAGGCCAAAAACAAAGAUGAAGCAUACCUCUUUCCCUCUUUGGUUCUCCUUCUCCUCCUCCUCCUCCUCCUCCUCCUCCUCUCGUUCCUUCGUAGACCAGCCUCCCCCUUUAGGGACAGAGUGUGUUGAAGCUCAGGUGAAAGAGAUGAAACUCGAACAGAGGGUGCGUUGAAGCUCGAGGGAGCAGAGAUAAAGCUCGAGUGAGUGAAAAAGGGUUUAUGAAAUAAUGUUACUUCAAUGGAAGGGAAAGAGUGAGGGAGACGAAAGAGAUGGAGAGUCGAGUUCUUAGGAUUUCAAAUGCAAGAGAAAGAAGGGAAAGAGAGGAAGAGUCGAAUGGGGGAAAAAGAGGGAGAGUUCGAGAGGGUAUCAUGGAUCGGGUUUCUAUCUCAUCAUGCGGUUUUCAGUAGCCUUGUGGACCCUUGUGGGUCGAAUGAUUUACAGACGUUGGAUUAGAAAGACAAGUGUCACACUCAAAGAAGUCCUAUGGAACUCAAGUACUCGAAUCGACGAGUGACGAACCGUGAAAAACAAAGAACAAUCGAAGUCAAAGAAAAUUCAACACAAAGUUGAGCGCUGUUUUGCCGUGAGCCAACCAGCCAGAAGGGGAAAAUGAGAACUUGAGAAAGAUGAAAAAUAGGACACUUCGAUUCCCUACAUAUAAAAGUUUCCCGCGAAAUUACGACUACAUAUCCCCUCCAAAUUCAAACUCUCUAUCAGCAGCUCUGCAGCACUACAUACAGUCCGAUUCCCCUUCCCAUGGCCAGAAGAUUUAUGCCCACAUUCUCAAAAUUGGAUUUUCACCCAACACCAACAUUUCCAUCAAACUCCUCAUUCUCAACAUAAAAUCUGGUUGUUUAUCCUAUGCCCGAAAGAUAUUCGAUCAAAUGUCCAAACCAACCGUCUCCUCCUAUAAUUCAAUGAUUGCAGCCUACCUCAAACAAGGUCAAGCUGGAGAAUCUCUGAAUUUGAUCCGCAAACUCACUUCCUCUAAUGAAAAACCAGAUGGGUUCACGUUUUCCUUGAUUUUGAAGCUGUCUACAACAGCUACGUGUAAUGUAAUGUUGUCUUGUGAUAUUGGGAAACAGGUCCAUGCCCAAAUACUAAAAUCUGAUGUCCAAUUGGAUGAUGUGCUCGUCACUGCUUUGGUUGAUACGUAUGCGAAGAAUGGAAAGGUUGAUUAUGCAAGGAAAGUGUUUGAUAAGAGGCUGAAGAAAAAUGUAAUCUGUUCUACAGCAAUGAUCAGUGGUUACAUGAAACAAGGAUCUGUGGCAGAUGCAGAGGAAAUAUUUCAGAGGACAAUUGAUAAAGAUAUUGUAGUUUUCAAUGCAAUGAUUGAAGGCUAUAGCAAAUUGCUUGAAACCGCCAAGAGAUCGUUUGAAGUUUACAUUGACAUGCAACGAAUCAAUUUUCGACCAACACUCUCCACUUUUGUCAGUGUGAUUGGGGCCUGCUCUAUCUUGUCCGCUUUUGAGGUCGGUCAACAAAUCCAAACACAGUUAAUGAAGACUGAGCUCUUCACAGAUGUGAAAUUGGGAAGUGCACUUAUAGACAUGUACUCAAAAUGUGGAAGAACUGAGGAAGCACAGAGAAUUUUCAACUAUAUGCCAGAAAAGAACGUCUUUUCAUGGACUUCCAUGAUUGAUGGGUAUGGGAAGAAUGGAAAUCCUACAGAAGCACUUGAGCUCUUCAACAAAAUGCAAAUAGAUUAUGAAAUUAAACCCAAUUAUGUUACAUUCCUCAGUGCACUCUCAGCUUGUGGACAUGCAGGGCUGGUUGCUAAGGGGCAGGAGAUCUUCAACAGCAUGGAGAGAGAUUAUUCAUUAAAUCCAAGGGUGGAGCACUACGCUUGCAUGGUUGACCUCCUAGGGCGUGCUGGGAGUCUACAGCAAGCAUGGGAGUUCAUAAUAGCAAUGCCUGUGAAACCUGAUUCUGAUGUGUGGGGAGCUCUGCUUGGUGCAUGCAGGCUACAUGGUGAUGUAGAAAUGGCAGCUAUUGCUGCCGAUGAGCUCUUUAAGUUGAGAAGUGAUGGGAGGCCUGGUGCUUAUGUUGCCUUGUCUAACACUUUUGCAGCUGCUGGGAAGUGGGACGGUGUAACUGAAAUUCGGGAGUUGAUGAAGGAGAGAGGAGUUUCUAAAGAUGCUGCCUGCAGCUGGGUUGGGACAGAGAGUGGUUUAUGUGGUUUUCAUGUUUCCCAAAAUACGUGAAAAGUAUGUAAAAUAGGGUGGCACAACCUCUUGCAGAACUUUGUAUCGUUCAAUAUCUUGCUCCAACUUUGGCAGAUCCUUCAAAUUCAUUGUGCAGUUGUGUAUCUUGCUCCAACUUUAAUUUGUUACAGAAUAAUCAUUUUGUGACAUUGGGUGUGAAGCAGGGGUAAGGCUGUGUACAUUAUGACCCUCCCCAAACCCCGCAGUGGCGGGAGCCUUAGGCACUGGUUGGAAGAUGAGCAAGUUUAUAAAGAUCGUAUGGAUCCACUCUUAAAUAUGUAAAACAUACUCCAAGUAUGUAUCCUGCAUGAUUACUGUAAUUUCAAUUCUGGAGUUUUAUCCGUGCAGGGUCAAAGUACAUCGAGCCAAUUUUAGAAUGUUAAUAUUUUCUUUGUAGCAUUGACUAUUUGUUUGUGUUCUUUGUGUAAUUUUUAGUUUUGGAAUGCAAAAUUUGGGGUUUGGGGUACUUAAUUUCUCAUUUGCUGUAAGUAUGACUUCAUGCAAUGCCUUCUUGCUUACUCCAUUGCUUUCUUAUUAGUUAUCAGAAUUUCUUGCUCUCUUUUACUUUGUAUACUGCAGUUUUAGGUAGUAGUAUAUCUUUCUCUUUGGAAUGCACAUUACUAUUUGUUAGAUUUGAUUUGUGUUAUUUCUCUCAAUUUCUGUUCUUGGUUUUGCAAUUUGCUGUUAAUAUUUGCAUCUAACAAGUGCCAUCAUGAAACUAUAUGCAUGACCAACUGAUGAAAAGUAACACUUGCUUCUUUAGAAGGGAAAUAAAAUGCAAUGCAAUAGUUUGAUUGUCCAUAUCUUAAUCAUUCAAUGAACUAAAGUUCAAGUGAAUCUAAAUCAUGAAAACUACCAGGAAUCCAUAAAGAACGACUUUUAAGUGCAAAUACUGGAAUUACACUCAGUUAGUUAUAUUUUAUUAACUAUCAAAGGUUACAAUCACUAAUUAUAUGAGGGAACGAUGUUUUUGAAAAAUUGUGAAAGACAACAAAAAUGAGACUUUUACCCUCCUUGGAAAGUAAAAAUUUCUUAACAUGGUCAAAGCAGAAGAUUGGCAUGAAACCCCUGUAUUUCUAAAUAUGUAGAACUCUUAUUUAAUUUUACUAGUAUGAAAUUUACUCAUAUUGUAAUGUUGGAGAUUGGGAGAAGUUCAUGUUAUCAAUCUCCAUGGGAUAUGUUAACAUGCUUAUUGCUUGCUUUCAUUUUAACCUUUUCCUGCUUUGGUUGAACUCCUAGUCAAGGAUUAAAGUAUCGGUAUCGGUCGGCUAAAUUAAAGAUAUGUAUCGGAGGGUAUCGUAUCGUAUCAGAGAUACACUAAAAUAUGCUAAAGAUCAAGGAUUAAAGUAUCGGUAUCAGUUGCCAUAUCGGUCGACUAAAUUUAAGAUAUGUCUCAUAAUGUAUCGGAGAUACUUUAAAUCAUGCUCCUAAUAUCUUCUCUUUGCUCAAGACAUUGCUAGUGCAUAUAUUUUGAUUAUCAAUGCCCAAAUGAAUAACAUGCUGCAGAUUUUACUUAAAAGGUGGUGGAACACUCCUACAUUAGGAAACAAUGACAAAUCCAGGGUGAAAACUGAUUGUACAAAAAAAAAAAAAAAAAAAAAACCAUUU